UCCUCCAUUUAAACAAGUCGAAUUCCCACCUCCCUCCCAAACUGAAUUCCUCUCUCUCUCUCUCUCUGUGCGUGGCUUCCUUCCUCCUCCCAAGUCCUAUCGAGUAUCGAUCAACCCUUAUAACUUUCUCAUCUUUUCCGCCUUCUCUCUCUGUUUCUGCUCUCUUUGUGAAAAGCAGAGGCCACAGAGAUGUGUCAAUUAACUUCCUCCCCCGGUUCCUGUAAAUGUAUCACAAACCAAGCUUACGGUCCUUUGACCAAAGACCCAAACAAUAUGGCUGCUCCCCUCAUCUCCAAACACCCAACGGCUCAACCACCACAACAAGAACAAGAACAAGAACAAAUACAACAGCAGAAACAAGAACAAGUUCAGAAACCCAAUAAAACUCACCUGUCUCUCGCCAUUACAGAAGCCAAGUCCAUAGCUAAUAUCGCUCUCCCCAUGGUACUCACAGGUCUAUUGCUCUACUCUCGCUCUAUGAUCUCUAUGCUCUUCCUUGGCCGCCUCGGCGAGCUGGCUUUGGCCGGCGGUGCUCUUGCCAUUGGCUUUGCUAACAUUACUGGAUAUUCCAUACUAUCUGGCCUCGCAAUGGGUAUGGAACCAAUCUGUGGCCAGGCCUUUGGUGCCAAAAGAUACAAACUUCUGGGUCUCUCCUUGCAGAGAAUGGUCCUUCUGCUUCUCUUAAUUUCAGUCCCCAUAUCUCUUCUGUGGAUAAAUAUGGAGCGAAUUCUGGUGUUUUUCGGCCAAGACGAAGAUAUAGCGAGAGAAGCACAAUCUUACAUCCUGUUUUCUCUUCCUGACCUCUUCUUACAAUCCCUGCUACACCCAUUACGAAUCUAUCUCCGGAGUCAAUCAAUAACACUGCCAUUAACUUACUGUGCCGCUCUUGCCAUUCUUCUGCACAUUCCCAUCAAUUACCUCCUUGUGUGCGUUCUCAAUCUCGGAAUUAGAGGCGUAGCUUUUAGUGGCAUCUGGACUAACUUUAACCUGGUAGGUUCUUUGAUCAUCUAUAUCUGUAUCUCAGGCAUUUACAGGAAAACUUGGGCAGGUAUUUCCUCGGAAUGCCUGAAAGGCUGGAAAUCUCUGUUGAGCUUAGCCAUUCCGAGCUGCAUUUCGGUCUGUCUAGAAUGGUGGUGGUAUGAAAUCAUGAUUUUUCUCUGUGGGUUGCUACUGAAUCCCAGAGCAACCGUAGCUUCCAUGGGUAUUCUGAUUCAAACCACCGCCUUAAUCUACAUUUUCCCGUCAUCUCUGAGCUUCGGUGUGUCCACAAGGGUUGGUAAUGAGCUGGGUGCGAACCAGCCGGCGAAAGCGAAGCUAGCAGCAAUCGUCGGCCUUUGUUGCAGCUUCCUGUUAGGCUUCACAGCGUUAACCUUUGCAGUAAGUGUGCGGGGAGUAUGGGCGCGCAUGUUCACCCGCGACGCCGAGAUUAUCGCAUUAACCUCGCUCGUUCUUCCAAUAAUCGGAAUGUGCGAGCUGGGGAACUGCCCACAGACAACAGGUUGCGGAGUGUUGAGAGGAACAGCUCGGCCGAGGGUGGGUGCCAACAUUAAUUUAACUUCGUUUUAUCUCUUCGGAAUGCCAGUGGCAGUGGGUUUGGGGUUCUUCGCCGAGUGGGACUUCGAAGGGCUAUGGCUCGGUCUCUUGGCCGCCCAGGGCUCCUGCGUGCUCAUCAUGCUAUUCGUUUUGGGUCGAACAGAUUGGAAUUCUGAAGCCCAGAGAGCUCAAGCGCUGACCGGGGCCGUCCCUGCUGUUGGCAGCAAAGAGGAAGAGGAGGCACUGAAACAAGACGGAGAGAAGGAUUCUUCAACUGCAUUUUCAGAUACAAAACCCGAUCAAUCACCUGUAUGAAUAUGAUAUUUGGUCGACCCUCUUCGUUUCUGUAAAUAAAGAGUCAUAGUUGUAUUAGUUGUUGACUUGUUGUUUAGUUACAACUCUUACAGACGACACCAUUAGGCGUGAGGCAUCCAUCCAUGAAGAGAUCUAGCUACCUUGAAGCUUUCUCUGUUCUGUUUUGUUCAAUUCACCGUUUUUAUUUGUACAGGUGGAUAUCAGAUCGUUGGUAUUUUUUUUGU